AUGUCAAGACUACACACUCUCUCAACUGGUGAUACCAUGGCAGAGGCAGAGGCAGAGGCAGAGGCAGCUGUCAAAGUCGCUCCUUCCCAUAUCAUCCUCGGCCCCGUCGAGCAAUCACAGCUCACAGGACGCGAGCCCUAUCAUUUCCAAGUGGACCGUUAA